UUUCUUUUUCUUUUUUUCUAAAACAGAAAAUUUUCACCAAAACCACAUCUUUAGUUCUUUUAUCUUUUUAUGACGAAGAAAGGGGUUUUUUUGGGCCUUGGUCGAAACAACGUACUCAGCGUCGUUCUUGAUGAGCCCCUUUUGUACCUCGGAAAGAGCACUGGAACCAGGAUCAUUCGUGGCGAGGUUAUUGUCAACUUCGCCAAGGACACAACUAUUCAGGGCCCCAUCGAGGUUGUGUUUCAGGGCAUACAGACAUAUUACCCAUGGCGAGAGAUUAUGAAUGGCCGUGCACUGGGCAAGCCCAUCGAGACCAAGCUUCAUGUCACCGAGCUAUCACUUUUGCCACCCAAUUCAAAAGGCAUCAUGCCUGCAGGCAUUCAGCGGUUCCCCUUUGAGUUUCCCGUACCUGGGUCGCUUCCCAGCACAUUUUCCAUACCUGACCGUCUUGAUAUUGUGUACAAGCUCACAGCAACAUUACGCAAAUCUACUGAGGAUACGCCUUUGACAACAUCAUUCCUCGACCGGUUCAAUAACAAGAAGCAAAAAAUGGUUGCCACGGCCAAAGUACGACUUGUCAGAGCGAUCGAACCUGCACCGCCAAGCCUUCCACCUACUAUCGCCGUCGAAGCUGCAAACAGCGGUGAGAUCACUGAAGAGCCUCGACAUCCGAGUGAUGAUGCAGUAGUGGAAGAGUCGGCUGCAGCAGACCAUUCAGCAACAGCUAUGGCCGUCGAUGAAUCCUCAGUACCCAAUGGCCGUAAUAACGAACAUCGACAGCAUAAUCAUCGAAGAACGAGUCUUGAUCGCUUCUACGGUAUUGGACAAGCCGGACCGCUGGAUGGCAGCCAACUCCAUCUUGGUUUAGAUCUUGAUGAGCAGCACGAUCAUCUUGCGCAGUCGUUCGCAGGACGUACAGUGGAAGACUGGUACCAGCCCACCCAGAAUGGCCUCCGCUAUCGCCUCAGCAUUGAUCGCACAGCCAUUGCUAUUGGUACCCGGGUUACUGUUGGAGUACUGCUUGAGCCGACUUUGGAAAACAUCACCAUCCGAUCCAUUGUAACGCGCAUUCAAGAACGACGUGAAUUCUGCAUGAAAACCCCGGGUGACCAUGCGAGUGCCAUUAACGGUGAGCCCGAGACACGCAAUGCCGUUGAAACCAUCAACGUCCUGCUCAAAUGGGCGUAUGGACACCCUACCCAACACGACGAAAACAGCAGCUGCGUAAACUCCUUGGUAGAUAUAGAUGAACCCAUGGAGCAACAACAACAACAACAAAAAAAAAUCAAGCAACAACAGCAGCAACAAGGACAAACGCCCAUAUUGAGUCGACAUUAUCGUCAUCAUCGCCGGAACUGGUCGACAUUGGAAGACAAUAACACGGCGAGACGAAACGUCCAACUGUUCCGACAAAAAGUGGAACAAGAGCGAGGUGAACCACUAAUAGACUACUGUGACAGCAGCCCUGAAUCGAUUGAAACGGGUGUCGAUCAUGCAAACCCAUUAACAGGCGAGUUACUGAACCUGAAAACGCUGGACCAACCGCUCCAAGUUGGCGAAUACCUUGAAGGCCGCUUUAUCAUGCCAAUUCCUACCUGCAGCCAUCUGUUACGACCGACCAUGUCCCAUGAAAGUAUUACGAUCCGCCACUGGCUGCAUCUGAUAGUAGCCUAUGAAUGUAAUGGUAAAAUGCAUGAAGUCACACUCACAACACCUGUACGCAUGAUGGACUGUCGUCUCGUAUCCGAAGACGAAGGGCAAACGAUCUUGCCGCCACCUCCUUCGUAUGAAACAAUUGAUGCUGGCAAGACUGCAUUGUCGACUAACAAUACCGAGUUUUGGAUUCAACGGUCACCAAUCACCCAGGAAUCGUUUUGGGGCCGGUGUAAUAACUGUCCCUGUCUCAACGAGCAUACCGACAAAGAAAACAAUGGUCACAAUAGGAGACCUUCGGCUUCCUUGUUGGAAAAGCAACAGCGUGAUGUUAAAAAGAAGACUACAGCAUCGAAUAGCUUCUCACGCAAUAGAUUGUCGUUGCACCGAUUAUCAGGCAAUUGGGGCGGGCCCCCGGCUUAUUCUGAAAACUGAAAACCACCACCUGAUGUUUAUUCUUUACAUUUGUAUUCCUUUGGUUCAUUUUUGCUUUUUGUUUAUUAAUAAAGUACCUUUAAAUAUGAUAUAGUUUAAC